AGUGUUAAUCUUGCUUUCUCUGGUCCGGACCCUCCCCGGUUUAGCUCACUCAUCGGCGGUGUGUAUGGGGAGAGCGAUCGCUCUCUGUGGUCGCUCGGGGAGGAUAGUGUCAUUCCUUUCCGCGGUACCUUGUUUGUCCGGCUGCACACCCCAACCCGCGGCGGAGCGGAGGAUGAGCGACCAGGGGAAGAGCUCGGUUUCCACUCUUGCGGGUGCCCCAGCCCCGGGAUCGGAUACUUACAAAGGCUGGCUUUUUAAAUGGACUAACUAUUUGAAAGGGUAUCAACGCCGAUGGUUCGUCCUCAGCAAUGGCCUUCUGUCGUAUUACAGGACUCAGGCAGAGAUGGCCCAUACAUGUCGCGGCACCAUCAACCUCGCCACGGCCCACAUCGACACGGAGGACGCCUGUAACAUCGUCCUGAGCAGCGGUGGGCGCACCUACCACCUGAAGGCCAGCACAGAGGUGGAACGUCAGAGAUGGGUCACAGCGCUGGAGCUGGCCAAGGCCAAAGCCAUCCGCAUGAUGAAUGACCAGUCUGAGUUCCUCUAUCCCACUGGGACUGGACCUGACAGGGAAAAAGGCAAGAGCAGGAUUUCAGGCACAUUCAGACCUGUGAAUGACUCAGGGGACGAGGAGCCCACGACCCAGUCGGACCGCAGUGAGGGGAUCCAGGGCACUCUGAAGACCCUGAUCAGCAAGCUUGAUGACCUCAGUACGUGUAACGACCUAAUCGCCAAGCAUGGGGCGGCCCUGCAGCGCUCUCUGAGUGAACUUGAGGCGCUGAGAGUCCCCGUGGAGGGAGGAGAGAAGAUUAAGGGCGUCAAUGAACGCGCCACCCUCUUCCGCAUCACCUCGAAUGCUAUGAUCAAUGCGUGUCGCGACUUCCUGGACCUAGCGGAGACCCACAGCAGGAGAUGGCAGCGGGCGCUGCAGUAUGAGAGAGAGCAGCGUAUUCACCUGGAGGAGACCAUAGAGCAGCUAGCCAAGCAACACAACAGUCUGGAGAGAGCCUGGAGAGAGGCCCCCACACUAUCCGCCAACACACCCAGCUCCCCCACCACCAAGAAGGGAGGGAGUGAGAGGCCUCAGAAAGGGGAGGCGAGUGAUGAAGAUGAGGAUACGGAAUACUUUGACGCCAUGGAGGACUCCCCUGCCUUUAUCACAGUAACAGCCACUGAGAACACACAGCACAGGUGUUCUCAGAGUAACCUGUGUGGAGCGAGUGGAGGCCAUACCAAUGAUUGGAACCAGGACAAUGUGUCUCCUAGCUGUAAGGAUUCCGGGAAGGAGCUUCAGCCCCUCAGAAGGAGGCGGAGCCACAUCCCAGACAAGCCCAACUACUCCCUUAACCUGUGGAGCAUCAUGAAGAACUGUAUCGGCAAGGAGCUCUCCAAGAUCCCCAUGCCUGUGAACUUCAAUGAGCCUCUGUCCAUGCUGCAGCGGCUGACAGAGGACCUAGAGUACCAUGAGCUGCUGGACAAGGCGGCGCGCUGCGAGAGCUCCCUGGAGCAGCUGUGUCUGGUGGCAGCCUUCUCUGUGUCCUCCUACUCCACCACCGUCCACCGCACGGCCAAGCCCUUCAACCCCCUGCUGGGGGAGACCUAUGAGCUGGACCGCCUGGACGACUUGGGCUACCGCUCGCUGUGUGAGCAGGUGAGCCAUCACCCCCCAGCAGCAGCUCACCAUGUGAUUUCUCAGCGAGGCUGGACCCUCUGGCAGCAAAUCACCAUAUCCAGCAAGUUCCGUGGCAAAUACCUCUCCAUAAUGCCUCUGGGUGCCAUUCACCUGCAGUUCCACUCCAGUGAGAACCACUAUGUGUGGAGGAAGGUAAUCUCCACUGUGCACAACAUCAUCGUGGGCAAGCUGUGGAUUGACCAGUCGGGGGACAUUGAGAUAGUCAACCACAGAACCAAGGAGACGUGCCAGCUCAAGUUCUCCCCUUACAGCUAUUUCUCCAGGGAUGUCCCACGCAAGGUGACAGGGGUGGUGUCAGACAGUGGAGGGCAGGCCCACUAUAUCCUGUCUGGCACGUGGGACGAUAAGAUCGAGAGCUCCAAGAUCGUCCAGAGCAGCAAAGGGGGCAGUGGCUCAGAGGGCAAGCAGAAGACUGUCUACCAGACCCUGUCCCCCAAACUACUGUGGAAGAAAUACCCUCUCCCGGAUAACGCUGAGAACAUGUACUUCUUCUCCUCGCUGGCGCUGACGCUGAAUGAGCCGGAGGAUGGGGUGGGGCUGACGGACAGCCGGCUGAGACCGGACCAGAGGCUGAUGGAAGCGGGGAGAUGGGACGAGGCCAACUCUGAGAAACAGAGAUUAGAGGAGAAGCAGAGAGCUGUGAGGAGGAGGAGAGAGGCAGAGGCCACAGAUGCACUGGACAACGGUCGAGAGUAUGAGGGCUUCCAGCCACAGUGGUUCCACAAGAGGAAGAAUGCCGUCACUGGGGAGACAACCUUUGUGUACAAGGGUGGAUACUGGGAGGCUAAGGACAGUCAGGACUGGAGUACGUGCUCUGAAAUCUUCUAAGCCUAGACCAGACCCAUCCUACCCCAUCACUGGACCCACCCAGGCCCAGGAGACUGCUCCACCACUGGCCCUGGAGGAAUGUGGGUCUGGAUGUGGACCUCUGUGUGCAUGAGAAUGUGAAUGUCUCACACACUCAAAACACAGUGUACCUCCCCAUGUACACACAGAGGUCAUAUUUUUUACAGAGUCAAGGGAGAGAAGGGACCUUUUCUAGAUCCUACCCUGACCUAACACUGAGCUGUGUGGGGGUGUGUGAGAGAGAUGGGAGAUUGAAUACCAUAGAAAAGGGGCCCCAUAGAGACUUCCAAAAUAUUCAGGUGCUCCACACACGCUACCCACAAUGCACCUUUCCUCUGCUCAGCACAUCUGUUUCUAGGGGUUUUAGUGAUUGAACAGCAACCCAUCUAAAUCAGUUCUCCUCUCCACUUGUAUACUGGGAUGAGAUGAAGUACAUCCUGUCUAACGGACAGAUGGACGGACAGACAGAGAGACAAAAAUAAUGCUUCAGAAGUUUAUAGAAAGACAGUGUGUGUAUGUAUGUAAUAAUCUGUGUAUAUACAUAUAUAUAUACACAAACUACCAGUCAAAAGUUUGGACACACCUACUCAAUCAAGGGUUUUUCUUUAUGUUUUACUAUUUUCUACAU